AUGCUCGCUGCUCAUUGGGGCAGCAGCAGCAGCAGUAGUAACAACAACAAUCUAGCAGCCCCUCGUAGUGAAGUCCCUUUUAUUAAGCAGGAGAACCGGUCACAAUCCAUCGACGUCGCCUCCAUGUCCCGAUUACAGCCCAAUGGUGUCUCUCCGCCUCCCCCACAACCGCCGCAGGUACCCGCUUCACAGCCACCACAAAGGACCCAAUCCACGUCUUCGAUGCCCACAAUCCCUCCUCCGUCACGCACAAACAGCCUGCGAAUGGGUGAAAGCAAGCCUCGAUUGAGAGUGCAGAUUCCCAGCGAGCACUCAGAUGCCGGCAGCGCCACUGCUGAUUCCUCCCCGAAAGACUCUGGCACAACUGGCGCUACUCCUGGACGCAGUACGGACGCCUCGCAUUCCUCUGGUGUUGUACUUCCGCCUCCCUCACCCAGUGCCAAUUCGCUACUGAGUGCUGGCGCAACCGGCCCGCCCAACCCCUUCGCUCGUCCCCCACCCCCCUCGAACAACAACUCGUACGGCAGUCGGGACAACAUGGAAACGCCCAUCUCAGCAUUGCCUAGCCGAUUCGUCGAAAAUGGUCUCCUCCCGUCUCCGUCGAGCUUUUACCCGGAAUGGGGUUUUGGCCGUGAAUCCACCAUGUUGCCCAGUCCUCUCAACUUCCAGACGCCUAUUGCUCCGACUGGGCCAAGUUUUAGUCGCGACGACUCUGCCGAUCGCAAGAGGAAACAGUCCGAGGAAGGUUCGGAUGCUGGCAGCCAGAAACGUGUCAAGUCUGAGGUUUAG